AUGGCUGAGUGUCACUCUACGGCAACUCCUGUUGACACUCAUGCCAAGCUCUCUGCUAUGGAUGGUGCACCGGUGUCGGAUGCCACUCAGUACCGUAGCCAUACCGGUGCACUACAGUACCUGACACUGACUCGUCCGGACCUCGCCUAUGUUGUUCAGCAGGUUUGCCUCUUCAUGCAUGACCCACGAGAGCCUCACCUUGUGAUGCUCAAGCGUGUCUUGUGGUAUGUCAAGGGCAUCCUGUUCACCGGGCUUCACAUCGGCACAGGCAGCAUCACCAACUUGAUUGCCUACUCCUAUGCUGAUUGGGCUAGUUGUUCAGACUCUCGGCAGUCCACUUCAGGCUACUGUGUCUUCCUCGGUGACAACUUAGUCUCUUGGUCCUCCAAACGAUAG